AUGUCACAGGAUACCGGACCACGCUUGGCUGCGACUGUCAUCGUCUUGUCCGUUCUGGCCUAUCCGUUACUGGCUUUGCGAAUAUAUAUCAGAUUAAGCACGAGAGCAUGGGGUGCUGACGAUUGGUCAAUGCUGUUCGCGGCCAUUCCUUUCACUGCUCUCACGAUAUCAUGUCUUGGUGGUGCCUUCAACGGCGUGGGUGGCCAUGAAGCUGAGCUCGGUGCCGCGCAGACAUCAGUUGGUCUCCAUUGGUUCUUCUUCUUCGAAGUCUUUUACUGCAUUGCAAUCGUACCUAUCAAGCUCAGUAUCUCGUUGAUGGAGAUGCGAAUCGCUACUAGUAAAAAGAGCUAUGUUGUCGCUCUGUGGGUCACGUCCGCCAUGUUCAUCAUCAUGAACAUCAUCUCCUUGUUUGUCAUCAUCUUCCAUUGCGAUCCCAUCUCAUGGGCAUGGGAUACAACAACUCCUGGAGGAAAAUGCAACUCUACAUCCGUUCUCACCAACAUCUACUAUGCCGAUACUGCCGUCAACAUUUUUACUGACUGGUUCUGCGCAUUGCUACCUAUUCCUCUUCUGUGGUCAAUCCAGCUAAAUCGCAACUCGAAGGUGUCGGUGGUUUUCCUGCUGAGUCUUGGUGUUCUUGCCAGUCUUUCUGCUUGCAUCCGUCUCAAGUACACCGUCAAUCUUAACAAUGCCGAGGAUUAUAUCCAUGGCGUUGGUGACAUCGUCAUCUGGGGCUACGCCGAGAAUGGCAUCGGUAUGGUUGUCGGAUGUCUGAGUACUCUGCGCCCUUUAUUCCGCCGUGUCUUCCACCUUGGAAGCUCAACACCUGGUGCCUCUUCCAAGAUGAACGGAACACGUUCCAAGGUCGGCCGCCGCAACUACGUCAACUGCGAAGCGGGCUACGAGCUUCCUGAAGGCGUGCGUCCCGCCGAUAGAGAUGUCGUGGUGAAGGGAGGCACUGUCAACGAGACCAGCAUACGCGACUCCGACUCCGAGGAGCACAUUCUCUCCGACUACCCUGGCAUUAAGAUGACACGGAGCGUCUUGCAAGAGACAAGCUUCGCCACCAAUACUACUUCUGGUACCAGCCCGUAA